CAGCUUUCCACUCAGUCACGUUUAAUUUGAUGGUGUUCAUUUUGGCCUGAAAUAUUGAAGUUAUCAGCACAACAGCCCGGAUCUGGCAUUGAUUUCGUCCUACAUUAUCACACUGACGACAAUGGACUGUUUUGUACACCUAUAACAAAAAAAUGAGCUUUCUAUGGGACUCGUUCAUUUUACUGUUUUCCCAACUAUGUUUCUUUCUGGUGGGUUGGCUAUUCUUCUUAAGGCAGCUCUUCAGAGACUACGAGGUGGACAGUAAAAUUGUUGUGAUAAUAUUUUCACUUACAUUUGCCCUUUCAUGUACGCUAUUUGAACUAGUGAUUUUCGAAAUCCUAGACAUAUUCGCUGCCUCAUCCAGACGGAUCCAUUGGCAAUUGGUGCUGUUCGCCACUUUGUUGGAUGUUAUCUUUGUUAUCCCGUUCUACAUAUCGUUUUACUCUUCUAAAAAUCUCCGAUUUUUCCCCCAAACUCGGUCAUUUCGGCUUGCGUUCACCAUGACUGCAAUGGUGGCAUAUUUAUACCUGUUCUGGAAAGUGGGGAGUUCAUUUCCCAUCAUUAGCCCGAAACAUGGCCUUAUAUCUUUUGAACAAUGUACCGGCAGGAUAGGGGUCAUCGGUGUCACCAUUAUGGCGCUUCUGUCCGGAUUUGGUGCGGUCAAUUAUCCCUAUACCUGUAUGACCUAUUUUGCGCAAUCUGUCUCAAAUGCAGAGAUCAAAACGGCUGAACGACGUCUGAUGCAGACGAUGGAUAUGAUCUUGGUCAAGCGGCGCCGUCUUGCCUUGGCUCAGUUCGAAGCAUCUGUCCGUACUCAGGCUUCUGAGAAAAGUCGGCUGUGGAAUGUCUUACGUUCUGUGGGUAACUCCAUCUCUACUUCCAGGCUAAACGAACGUGCACUACUGGCAGAAGUAUCGACCUUGGAAGAUCUCAGUCGUCAACUCUUCCUCGAACUUCACUACUUAAGAACCGCCCAAGAGCGCAUUGAGUUUUCACGCACAUUGAAAGGCAGGUACUUCAACCUGUUGGGCUAUUUCUUUUGUGGCUAUUGCUUUUGGAAAAUAUUCAUAUCCACCAUCAACAUUUUGUUCAACCGAAUUGGACGUCAAGACCCAAUAACCCAGGGCAUUACAAUUGCCGUCCACUAUUUGGGAUUUGAGUUCAACGUGAAGUUUUGGUCCCAACAGUUAUCAUUUUGGCUUGUCGGGAUCAUUGUGGUCACUUCCAUUCGAGGACUACUGAUUACCCUGACCCGGUUUUUCCAUGCCAUAGCCAGCUCAAACUCAUCUGGUGUGAUUGUCCUUAUUCUGGCACAGAUCAUGGGCACCUACUUUGUUUCAUCCGUUCUACUUUUACGAAUGAACAUGACUGCAGAAUACCGCAGCAUACUCACUCAGGUUCUUGGUGAUCUUCAAUUCCAUUUCUAUCAACGCUGGUUUGAAGUCAUCUUUCUUGUCAGUGCCGUUUGCAGUAUUGGCUUCUUGCACAUGGCUCACAAGCGAGUUGCGGAAUUGAAAUCUGAUUAUAUUUGAUACGUGUUACAACUAAUGGCAUGGCUUUUCUUAGCCCCAUUUCCACGUACCCGCCCUCCCUUGUUGAACAAGAACCACCACCCGUUAGCUUUCC